AUGCUUGUUAGUAAAUGCUAAUUAUAAUGCCAAUAUAAUGCAUACAGACCGUGAUUUCAUUUUUAAUUUUAUAAGAAGACAAAUAAAAAAGUUUUUAAUCUUAAUUUAUUUGUAUGAGACACUUCUGUCAGCUAUGUAGUAAAUAGACAAGCCACUGUGUCUGUAAAUUUAUUUUGAUGCGUAGUUUUGAAUGUCAAAAAAGACACCAUGUCUCAUAUUGAAUGAUAUAAUAAUCGCUGACUACAAUUUGUUUUGACGAAAAUACGACCGAAAACCCAAACAAACGUAAAAAAUUUAUUUUAUUUUUUUUUUAAAUCCUCACAUUUUCAAAAAUACAUUUUAUAUACAGCAAAAAAAAAUUUAAAUAUACUCACAAAAUGAUUCAUGAACGAGGAGACUUAAUAGAGCGCGCGAAAAGUAAAUUAACAAUUUUCGCUUCUUUCUUGGCGACGAUUCAAAAUGACUUUUUUUUUUGCUGCUGCUGUGGAUGUUGGGAAUAUGUUGACAAUUUUUACUGUCGUAAUCUACAAAUUUAUCAGACUUGUGUUGAAUGUGAUCAGGUGUAUCAGGCGAGAACAUACCGCAUCGAUUAUGUGCAGACAUCCUUAGAAUUUUCAUUACUUUCAUCAAGCAGGCUACCUACAUAUGUGAUAAUUUUCUGUUGAAAUGACAUCAUAUUUCAAGUGUUUUAUUUUGAGAAGAUUUUUUUUUUAAAGAGACGAGAAAAGCAAAUUAUUUUCUUCAGAAAUCAUGCUUAACUCUUCAUGGCACUUGAAAUUUUCUAAGAAAUACAUCUAAUUGCAAUCCUUCUUUUGAAGACCACGUCGUCAUAAAAAAUUGUGUUAAUUCUUGCUAACCACUUAAAUUCAAUGAAUUGCUGGCUGCUUGAAAUGGAACGUAGAGAAUGAAGCUUCUAAGCUAAUUCGCUUGUUUGUACAUUUUAUGAAAAACCUUGUAGAACCUAGUAGUUGAAAAAACUAUUAUUAAAUAUUUCAAAAUCG